AUGAGUUCCGCUCUAGAGUCAAAUCUGAGCCGCGCUGCGCGCUACGCCAUUCCAUUCGCGCUGGUGUUCAUCCCGCUCUGGAGGACCAAAGUCCAAUCCGAAGUCCCCGAACCAUACCUUGACGAGGUAUUCCAUGUCCCCCAAGCACAGGCUUACUGGGCACACCAGUGGACACAUUGGGAUCCCAAAAUCACGACUCCGCCCGGCUUGUAUCUGUGGUCGUAUCUGCUCUGCGCCGCAUUGCUCACUCUCCGCGGGUCUCCGACAAAGCUCACGACCGAAGCUCUCCGCACCACGAAUGUCGCCACUACCGCCAUUUUCCUUCCCUGGAGACUCCAGACCCUUUCGGAUGCAGUGCAUAACGUGAAGAAUAACCGGACUCUGGGCGCUUGGCUGAGCCAUUCCGUCUUGAACAUAUGUUUGUUCCCGCCGCUGUUCUUUUUCUCCGGUCUCUACUAUACCGACAUUCUUGCUCUCUUGGUCGUGAUUGAAGCGUAUAACUGGGAUUUGAAGAGGGCAGCUGGAACUGGCUUUGCGGCUUUCUUUUCCACGCUGGGUUUCCUCGUUUUUGGACUAGCUGCGCUUGCUUGCAGGCAAACGAACAUCUUUUGGGUCUCGGUCUUUCUAGGUGGGCUACAAGUUGUUCGCAAGAUUCGAAAGUCUUCCGAGGCAUGCAAAUCGUCUGCUUUCUCGGAUAUUGUGAAGGGUGGUCUGAAUAAUGAGAUCUACGAUCCUUUGGUCUCGGAAGCUUCCUUGACAGAUUAUUUCAAAACUGCCAUCUCAUUUGGAACUGCUGGCCUCAGCAAUCCGAUCUCCACUGUGGUUUCGAUCACACCACACAUCAUUAUUCUCGGAGCUUUUGGUGCAUUCGUUUUUUGGAAUGACGGUGUGGUGCUUGGUCAUAAGGAGUUCCACACAGCUGGCAUCCAUUUAGCUCAAAUGCUUUACAUUUGGCCGUAUUUUGUCUUCUUCUCUUGGCCACUGCUUGUCAUCCCUGUGGCUAAUGUCAUUCUCCCAAGUACAUUUUUGCCUAAAUAUUUCAACUAUGGUUUCCCGGAGAAGCAGCGACGCCUUCCCAAGCUCAUCGCUGUUUUGGUUGUUCUUCCUCUCAUGCUUGCCAUCGUCCAUUUUAACACCAUUGUACACCCUUUCACUUUGGCCGAUAACCGACACUAUGUCUUCUAUGUGUUCCGCCUUCUACUGGGUGUCCACCCUGCCGUGAAAUAUGUGGCUGUUUUGGUUUACUUUGUCUGUGGAUGGUCCGUUCUUUCGGCCUUUGGUUUCUCUAUUAUUCAAGCGCCGCCACGACUGCUGCGAAUUCCCCAGGCUCCAGCUCCAGCACCCGCACCUGCCCCGCCUGUUGCAACACCUGCCAGCGAUCCAGCUCAAGGGAACAGAAAGACACGCCGAGCCAACGAGAAGACCGCAGCCAAAAAGGAACAGCAACCGAAGAAGUCGAAACCGAAGACUAAACCGAACCAGCCCGAUCCUGUGGCGCUCGAAGCAUAUGCCAGAGUUCAAGAAGGCCUCAUCAAACGUCGCAAGGAGCAGCCAGGCGCUCCACGUGUUAGCUUCGUUCUCGUGUGGCUUGCAGCUACUACCCUGUCUCUUGUAACCGCUCCCCUUGUGGAGCCCCGCUACUUUAUCAUCCCCUGGGUGAUGUGGCGCCUGCAUCUCCCAGCAAUGCCGAGCCUUGCUGCAUUCCGGAAGCAGCGUCCGCAAACUGAAAAGGAGAGAGAACUUGUUGAUCUGGCUACCAAUAUUCCCAAAUUCGUGGAGACUGUCUGGUUCCUGGUCAUCAAUGCAGUGACUGGAUAUUUCUUCCUGUACAAGGGCUUUGAGUGGCCCCAGGAGCCAGGCAAGAUCCAACGGUUCAUGUGGUAA